GCUCCUGCUUCUGCUCGACGCCGGAGCUGCCUGCCUGCUGCCUGGGGUCCCUUGGCCGAGGAGGAGGAGGAGGAGAUGGCCCCCCGGCCUUGGACCCAUCUGGCCCCGGCUGCCCUGCUCCAGCUGCUCUUCCUCUCCUGCCUGCCCAGAGAGUAUACAGUGAUCAAUGAAAACUGUCCAGGAGCUGAAUGGAAUAUCAUGUGUCGAGAAUGUUGUGAGUAUGAUCAGAUCAAGUGUGUGUGUCCUGGGCAGAAAGAAGUGGUAGGUUACACCAUCCCCUGCUGCAGGAAUGAAGACAAUGAGUGUGACUCCUGCCUAAUCCAUCCAGGCUGCAUGAUCUUUGAGAAUUGCAAGUCCUGCCGCAAUGGAUCAUGGGGAGGAACCCUGGACAACUUCUACAUCAAGGGCAUCUACUGUGCAGAAUGCAGAGCAGGCUGGUAUGGAGGAGACUGCAUGCGAUGUGGGCAGGUGCUCCAGGCUUCAAAAGGUCAGAUUUUAUUGGAAAGUUACCCACUGAAUGCCCACUGUGAGUGGACUGUACAUGCCAAACCUGGGUUUGUUGUUGAGUUACGGUUUGCAAUGCUAAGUUUGGAGUUUGACUACAUGUGCCAAUAUGACUAUGUGGAGGUCCGAGAUGGGGACAGUGUUGAUAGCAGAAUAAUUAAGCGUUUCUGUGGGAAUGACAGGCCUCCACCAAUCCGAAGUACAGGAUCUUCUCUCCAUGUUCUUUUCCAUUCAGAUGGUUCUAAGAACUUUGACGGUUUUCAUGCCAUCUUUGAAGAAAUUACAGCUUGUUCUUCCUCUCCAUGUCUGCAUGAUGGAACCUGCAUCCUCGAUAAAAUCGGUGGCCACAAGUGUGCCUGCCUAGCUGGUUAUACUGGGAACCGUUGUGAAAGCUUAGAUUUUUUUGAAAUAUCUGAACUGUCAGUGGUGAUGUGUAGGACUCCAGGUGCUCCUGCUCAUGGCUUUGUGGAAGGAGAUGACUUUAAAUACGGAGCCCAAGUUUACUUCAAAUGCAAUGCAGGUUAUACCUUAAAAGGCAGCCGUGUUGCCUACUGUCAGCUGAAUGGGAGCUGGUCAACACACCAUCCUGGAUGUGUCAUUGAAGACAGGAACUGUUCAGAUCCUGGUGCUCCACUCAAUGGGUUCAGGAAAAUGAUGGAAGAUUCUUCACUUAUGAAUGGCCGCUAUGCAAGAAUUGGAACAGUUAUUACAUUCUUUUGCAAUAAUUCCUAUAUUCUCAGUGGCAGUGAGCAAAGGACCUGCCAAGAGACUGGAGAAUGGUCAGGAAAACAGCCAAUCUGCAUAAAAGCUUGCAGAGAGCCAAAGAUCUCUGACCUGGUGAGACAGAAAGUUCUGCCAAUGCAGGUUCAGUCAAGAGAGACUCCCUUGCAUCAGCUCUAUUCAUCUGCAUUUAACAAGCAGAAGCUGGAAGCAUAUCCAACCAAAAAACCAUUACUACCGUUUGGAGAACUACCUCCAGGUUUCCAGCAUCUUCACACACAGCUUCAGUAUGACUGUAUUUCUCCCUUCUAUCGUCGCCUGGGAAGCAGCCGAAGAACCUGCCUGAAAACAGGGAAAUGGAGUGGAAGGGCUCCUUCUUGCAUUCCAAUCUGUGGAAAGACAGAAAGCAACACUCUUCAAAAACCAUCUGCAGCCAGAUGGCCUUGGCAAGCAGCCAUCUAUAGGAGACCCAAUGGGGUGAAGGCCCCCAGUCACAGAAAGGGUGCGUGGAUACUGAUUUGCAGUGGAGCCCUGCUGAAUGAACGCACAGUAGUUGUGGCAGCUCAUUGUGUCACCAAUCUGGGGAAGGUUACUGUUCUCAAAACAGCAGACAUAAGAGUUGUUCUUGGGAAAUACUACAGAGAUGAUGAUCGAGAUGAGAAGACUGUGCAAAAUUUACGGAUUUCAGCCAUUAUAGUGCACCCUAAUUAUGAUCCUAUAUUGCUUGAUUCUGACAUAGCCAUCAUUAAGCUUCUGGACAAGGCCAAAAUUAGCAACCGCGUCCAGCCUAUAUGCUUGGCUUCAAUACGCGAUAUUGACCCACCUUCUGAUGACUUGCAAAUAGUGAUUACUGGUUGGAAGAUCCUGACAGAUGUUGCUGAUCCAAGCUACAAGAAUGACACAAUCCGUAUGGGGAGUGUUCAGAUAGUGGACUCCCUGCUGUGUGAGCAGCAAUAUGAGGAAAAUGGAAUCCAGGUCAGCGUUACUGAUAGCAUGUUUUGUGCCAAGCAGCACCCUACUGCCUUUUCCAAUAUCUGCCCUGCUGAGACUGGAGGGAUUGCAGCAGUACCUUUGCCAGGAAGAUCAUCUCCUGAGUUAACCUGGCAUCUCAUGGGGUUAGUAAGCUGGGGUUAUGAUAAAACAUGCAGUCUAGAACUCUACACUGGUUACACCAGAGCAAUUCCUUUCAAAGACUGGAUUGAGAGGAACAUGAAAUGAACUACCCAGUCCAAAACUGUUUCCUUUCUUUGCUAUUUUUAAAAAUAUAUUAAAUGUAUCAGUUUCUCUCAUAGUCUCUGAUGCUUUAGGCUUUUUAUCGCAUUGAUGCAAGACUUAUGGGAUAAAACUAAAGCAGGUGCCUCAGAAAUCUGCCAUGAAUCUAGCUGUUCAGUGAGGCCAGUUCAGAUUAUUUGGCCAGAGGCUCUGAGUGUGGCAAAUGGUUGACGUGGCUCAAUUGUACCCUUUCUCUUGGUGGAAGUAGGUAUGCUUGGAUCAUGGGCUGGAAUAAGAACAUGGAUAACCACAAGUAGCUACAUUCAUUCUAUAUUUAAUGAUCAUUUGGAUAAAAUAUUUGGAAUGUAUUUUCAUAAAAGUCUAAGAUAGAAGACUGGAAAAAAUAAUUAAGAGACUGGGUGAAUUUGUUAUAGUCUAAGUAUUUGUCAUGUAUUAUGUUAUAUUCUUUCCCCUCUUGAGUAUUAAACACACUCAAAUAAACAAAGGUUUAUUUUAAACCUGAAAACUAACAUUG